CCCUACGAAUUUAUAGAAAUCUGCAAUGUUAUAGCCAAUGCCAUUAGCGUUCUCAGUUUUCACUUUAUAUCUGGAGAAUCAUGAACCUUCUGCCUUUUUCCUCCCAGUUCUUUAUAUCUUGAACAGCGAUGAAUUUAAAUAAGUUAAAAUACCCGAUAUAUUUUCACAAUAUCGUAAACAUUUCUUUUCGCUCCAUUAUAACAAGAUUUCCACGUAUCUACUAUUUUAUUUUGGCAUCUCAAAUAUUUGAUAUUUCUUUAUUGUUAGGUUAAAGUAGCUUCCGAAAUUCGUACACAAUAUAAUUUUAACGACAUCAAAAUGUUUGUUAACCUAUUUUUGUAUUUCUGAAGAAAUAUAAAAUGUAUAUGAAGAAGAUGGUCUUCCGAACAUGAUUUGUUAUCCAUGCAAAUAUCAAUUAGAAAAGUCCUACCAGUUUAAGAAAAAAUGUGAAGCUGCUGAUGCUAAACUUCGUAAGCACAUGAAAUUGAUUCAACAAUUAACUGGUCAAGGCGAAGAAGGAGAAAAUCAGGAUAGUAACAGGGAAGAACUAAAGGAUUCUUCCAGUGGAAAAUCGAAACAAGUUAAACAGCUUUUAGCUGAUUUAGUAUCAAGUAAAGGUGACAGUGGACAAACAGAUGGAGAUCCAAUUGAAGUAACGGAAGAAGAACUUGUUGGUGGUUACAUCCUAGGUAUGAAUUCAGAAAACUUAGAGAUGGAAGAAACAAUGUCGGAAGAUCCAGAAAAUAUUACAUUAGUACCUGCGGAGGAACGUACUGCAAAAGCACGUUGCACAAUACGUACAACACGUAUUAAGCAAGAACAGGAAUCUGAAGAUGAAGCGGAAGAAGUACAAAGAGCAAUUGCAAAUGCUGACCACAAAAAUGUUUAUAUGAUGGAAGUUACGAGUAACAGUUCAGGUCAAGGAGAAUCCUUAAAACUACAACCUAUCGGAGAUACCAUGGUUGAAACUAGUGAAGAGUUAAAAGUGUUUCAAUGCGAUAAAUGUCCAAAAGCAUUUACCCGAAGAAUAAUGUUGAAAAGUCAUCAGUCUGUUCACUCUACACAAAGAGGUUUUACAUGCCAAGCUUGUGAAAAAUGGUUCCCUACUAGAUCAGCUUUGGUCAGACACGAACGUACUCAUACAGGUGAAAAACCGUUUGGUUGUAACAUUUGUCAUCGUGCCUUCGCACAGAAAGAAAUUUUACUUCGACAUCUCAUGACUCAUUCUGGUCAAAAACCAUUCCAAUGCCAACAUUGUGACAAGAGCUUUACUCAACGAGAAGCGUUGAAGGUACAUAUGAGAAGACAUCAAAAGUUGGAUCCAAAUGAUAUACAGUUACACCAUUGCCAACUUUGUCCUAAAGCCUUUUGUCAUGCAUCUGGACUUAGCAGACAUUUAGUUACACAUACUGGCAGAACAUACAAGUGUGUAGAAUGUGAAAAAUCUUUCACUGAUAAAAGUUCGUUGUUAAGGCACAGUCGUAUCCAUGCACCCAAAAAAAUAAUAACAAAUUAAAUUUCCCCUACGAAUUGCAUAUCCUAUUGUUUACAAAAUCGGUCGCCAUUAAAUUAAAAAAACAUUUCUGUAGAAUUUUUUUUAAUCAUGUAUGAUAAUAGCUUUCUUAUUUCUUACUGUUAGUACAAUAUAUUAAGUAUAUUGUAACUGAUACUUAGCACUAAUUCAUUUAAUAAUUCCAACUAUAUUUCUAUCUAGUUAUGUUAAAACUAUUUGAUUGGAGUAUAUUGAAUGAUUCAUUAAUAGUAUCGCUUACAUGUUAUUUUUAAAUACAUUAAAUGCAAAAUUGCAACAUAUUUUUAUUUUAUUAAAUAUGCAAUGGAACUUAUACAUCUUUCGAUCUGAUAUACACUACACAUUGUUAUAAUAUUUCAGUAAGUUAUAUUUUAUUAAAAUGUAGAUCAGUAUUCUAGCAAAACAUUUUUUUUAUAAAAAAUUUGUUCCUUAUACAUAUUUUCAUGACAUUUAUAUUGUAUACAAUUCUAUGUAUUUCUAUGUAUAUAACUUUAAUUAUAAGAAUAUAAUUAAAUAUCUUACGUCUUUCCA